UCACGUUUGCCGCUUCUUUUGAUCUGUUUCGUCAUCAGUGUAGUUAGGGCGUUAAUAAUGGCUUCUUCAGAGGGUAGUGGUGUAACUACUGGUCAGCCAAACUUAUGCAGGCAGGACUUGUCUAAAUUGGAUGUGACCAAGUUAACAGCCCUCUCACCAGAAGUUAUUAGCAGACAGGCUACGAUAAAUAUCGGCACCAUCGGUCACGUAGCUCACGGAAAAUCAACGGUGGUAAAAGCUAUUUCGGGGGUACAAACUGUACGUUUCAAAAAUGAGCUCGAGAGGAAUAUAACAAUUAAACUGGAUAAACUGCAAUUUAAUGACAAAGGCUUUGUAACGUGGCCGGCGCACCUGUAUGGACAGAAAGUAGAUGUGAAAGCCACGGUGGACGAUUGCAGCAGCAGCAACCAGAGGGGACUGAAAAGGAAACAGACCCUGGCGCCCCCAAAAAACACGAUUUACAAAGGGAAAUUCUCCGUUGAAGCAAUCGAGAAAUUGCAAUAUGACCCUUAUCAGAAAAAACAUUUAUUUUUUAUAAAGUGGGAAGGCUACCACUCUGACUGUAACACGUGGGAGCCAAUCGAGCACUUGGACGGGGCCAAGCAGCUUUUGCUCGAUUUUUUGAGUAACUUGUUUGACGAUAAAACCAUGACGUUUUUGUGCUUGAAGUACCAACUGAGCAAGGAGAAUAUAAAUGACGAAAUGCUGUUGAGCGUGCUAAAGGACCGCGAUCUGCGCAACGUGCCGGACAAGUUAGAUACCCAAAAACGCCUCUUAAAUUAUCUGGAUUGCGUUUGCUACUCUUACCUCACCAAACGGGUAGAAGAGGGCAAACGCGUGGUGCUAACUUACCUGCUGGUAUCGAAGCGGGAGGAACAAUUGGCCAGGCUCCGUCGCUGGGAGGCCAUAGUCAACAAAAUGGACAAGGGGGAGGCGGUCAUCAAGGUGGAGAACGAGGUAGACUUGGAGUUUCCCCCCGAAAAUUUCUGUUACAUCAACGACUACGUUCCCACGGGUAACAUCCAGAUCCUCAACACGCCGGACAGUCAUUGCGAGUGCGAAGCGUGCGGUCCCGGGAUAAAGUCGUGCUGCGGCAAACAGGAGCACAACUCGUUUUCGUACAACGCGCGUCGCAAGAUCAACGUCAAUCCGGGCACCGCCAUCUACGAGUGCAAUAAUUCCUGCAAGUGCGGACCCGAUUGCAGGAACCGCGUGGUUCAGAACGGUCGCAAAGUACCGUUGUGCAUUUUUCGCACGUCGAACGGCUGCGGCUGGGGCGUGAAGGCGUUGACGAAGAUCGGUUGCGGCGAGUUUCUCUGCGAGUACGUAGGCGAGAUCAUCAACCACGAGGAGGCCGAGAGGCGUGGCAAGGCCUACGACGCGGAGGGUCGUACGUACCUGUUCGAUUUGGACUACAACAGCCGCGAUAACCUCUAUACAGUUGACGCGGCCAAAUACGGCAACAUUUCCCAUUUCAUAAAUCACUCGUGCGACCCUAACCUCGGGGUAUACGCGACGUGGAUCAAUUGCAUGGAUCCGAAUUUGCCGAAGCUGGCGCUGUUCGCGCUUAGGGAGGUUCCCAAGGGGGAGGAGCUGACCUUCGAUUACAUGAUGAAUAUCGAUUCGGUAGAACCGAAGACGCCCGAGAAGUCGCGACCGAAGUUAGACACGCCCGAGAAGGGGGCGCCCCAGACGGACAGGCCGACCUGUAAAUGCGCGGCCCAAUCCUGCCGCCGUUACUUGUUUUGACAACUGCUCCUUGAGACUAAAAUGUUACGAGUCGGCGAUUGCGUUUUGUUUUAGUGUUUUACCCCAGGAGAAAUCGAAACUAGGGCGAGGAUGUCAUCAACGACACUAUAGGCUAUAUGAGUCACGACGUAGCGUCGCCAUUUUGGUUUGUAACCGUCAACAAUUUUCCCUAUAAGUUUUUACGGCGCUGUUUUUGUGCGUUUUUUUAACUACUAGAUAUUGUUUAAGGAACUUUGUUUUUAUAUUGUCAAUUAAGAAAUGUGUUCCACCCCAUCUUGAAAAGUAACUGCGAAGACUUAGGGUGAAAAACCUUAGAACUAAAGUGAUAAAAAGAGAAAAUGCUAGAAAUUAGUUUUAAGUUUCUGUAAAUAAUCGCAUUUUUGAAAUCUGCCCUGGGCAGAUUCAUUUUCAUUACUAAAAACUAUGCGGCAACAUCACUUUUUUAUUGCAACAAAAGAUAGCCAAAUAAUAGUCACUUUAGUGAAAACCGCAUUUCGAUAUGGUUUCCUAACCUAUAUCAGUAAUAUAAAGAAUGAAACUAUUUAAUAUAUAAAUUUAUUAUUAAAACUGUUACAUUAUAAAUAAGAAGUCAAUAAACAUUAAUACUCAUUUAAUAUGUUGGAAUAUUACAAUACAAUGUUUUACAGAGAAACAAUGAAACAAAUAAAGCACUUUGCGUUUUUAUGCAAGAUGUGUGGUCCUGAAAAAUGUAGUUGCUAACAGUUGCGUUUUCAUUGUUUUGAAAAUAGACACAAAUGGCAUUCUCUACACUAAAUAAGUGCAAUCUUAAAAUUAUUGGCACUUAAACGCCACCAUUAUAAUUUUCGCUAUUUUGCUAAAAGAAGGAAAAUUAGCAAUUGCGGUCGCAAAGAUGCGAGUAAAGAGAUGUAGAAUUGCGGUUUUCAUUGAUCAUCUUUUGUUGCAAUGAAAGUGAUAUCGUUACAUUAAAUUUUGUUGAAGUAAAUUUUAUUUGUAGUGAUUUAUCAAGACGCCCUCUAGCGGCGAUCUGAGCAAUCUAAAUGAAUUUGUCAGGGAUGUAUUAAUAGCCUAAGAAAAAAAUAAAUUUGUAGUUAGAUUUUAAUUUAAGAUAAACAGUUUACUGAAAAGGCACUAUAAAUAACCCUUUUUACGUAAUAAGUUUAGUAUUUUAAGAAGUUUUAUACAUCUAGAGUAGUUUCAACUACUUGAAUAUAAGCUAAAAUUAUGUAAUAAUCUUUACAUAUCAACCAGUUUAUGAUAAAUUUCGAUUUCCAGGUAAAAAGGUGCACAAACAAUAUUCAAUGAAAUUUACAGCUGAAACAUAUACAUAAGAUCUAAGAACCUAUACUAGGUGCUUAAGCAUCUGUGGAAUGUGUAUUAAAUAGAUGUUGCCUAUUUCCAACUGUAAAAACAAAUAACUUUAGUUUUGAACUAUGAAUAAAUUUGAAUUUGUAUUCUACCUACGCAGGUAGUUCCAGAAAUGAAUUAGUUUAUUAUUUUUUAUUAUUCUUCUUCUGAAGUUGUAAACUCAAACAUUGGUUUGGACUAUACUAUUUUGAAGUCCUGAUUAGUGCUCAUUAAUUUUUAUUAAAUAUAAGUAUUAAAUUCAUUUAAGGAUCUGCAAAACCAAAAAUUUAGGUUUAGAACUUAUGUUUUCCUGGACAACUGGUAUACGUGAAAAACUGUUUUGUCCAUUGUUGACUAAAUGUUGCCGCAGAUUAUUUUCGUUGGCCACUUCAAGUAAAUAUUUAUUACUUAGCUUAGCUUAUACUUAGCUAAUAAUAAAUAAUUACUAAAAUGCUUUGUGUCAAACGAGAAUUUGGUUCAUAGCGAAAUGCCUAGUUGUGUUGGGUGUUUUUACUAGGUUAGACAUCUUAAGUUUAGCACAAGUAGAAUUACGGUCGAAGCCGUACCACUCUUAAAUGGUGAUUUUUAAAUGGGAAUCGUCGGCCAGAUAGUAAGGAGAGUGUAUAAGAGAAAAACAGCGUUUUAAGUCUUAAGAGUGGAUAAGAAGUUCUCUAAAUAGUUACGUUCAUUUACUUCAUGGUAUACAUAUAAAAAAUGUGACCUUAGCUUUAAUUUUACAGAUAUUUACUUGUUUUGAUUUCCAAAGCUCAUCUUUAUAUCAUUUUCAUAGAUUAUGACUACUGUGCAUUACAAAAUCACGUUUUGGUGUUUGAUGUUUCAACGCAAUAGUAUUAGGUUAAUGAUUUUAGUUUAAUUAUUGUUAAGAUUCAUUCAAUUAACUGACUAAAUUUUAUAAUGUUAAAAACAAAGCUGAUUGUUAAUGAAAUUGCUGCCUUUUAAUUGUUAAAGCUGUAAGAAUGAUAAUUGCAUUUUGUAGAACUGAAUAAACGGGAUGAUUUUUUACGCCUUGUUUAGAUUUGUGACUGUUGAGUUAGGUAUUAUUGUGGUAUAUAUAUUAUAUAUUAGAUUGUUAGACUGUAAUUCGUUUUGUUUGUUUGUUUUUGUGUUUCUAAGUUUUUACUUCAUCAGCCAAUAGUGGAUGUGGAAUUUUGUGCUCCAAGGUUUGGUUUCAUUAAUUGACUUUACUUAAACCGCAGUAGUUGCACUACUCAUUCUGUGUAUUAGCUAUAAUAACUAUUUUGGCGGACACUACAUAUAUGUAAUUUAUAAGCACAGUAUUGAUGGUGCAUUACAAGACCCUGAAAAACUAUUUUAAAAAAAAGUUUUUUCUUAUAGGUUUGGGGUUUUGGGGUUGGGACAACACCGUGUCUUUAUCAAAUGUGUGAUAAAGACACGAUGGUGUCGAAACAAUUGUCAUGUAAAAAUAUAUAAUUUCGUGAAAAUCUGAACUUUUAGUUCUUAUUUAUUUUGAUAAAUGGAUUUUCAUCAAGUAAAAGCCACCUCAGUUCAAGUUAUAACAAGCGUUCGUUUUAAAAGUCACUUACAAAUUGUACUCCUCUGGCGGUAUUCUUUAAAACGGCAAGUUUUUCAGAUUCAUAAUGCCUAUAUUGUUAUUUAUCUCCUUACAGCCCUUGCUAAUACACUUUUUGUGUCACCAAAAUAUGAAUAAAAUUUUAUGGUUCAGAUUGCGGGGUCUCACCUUGCAGAGGAUGGGGGCAGUUUUAGGGUUUGUCCAGAUUUUCCACAUUUUCAAUUAUCUUUAAAAUAAAACUGAUGGUUUUGUAUUCACUAGCCGUCGGACAAGGCAGAUGGUGGAUUUAUUUUAUUACAUUACAUUUAAUAAAAUUUAGGAUAAUUAAUAUCGACUUUUUAAUAAAAAAAAUGAUAUAUUUGCAUUCUUUUUUUUAUGUUUAUGUUCUAUUCCUAUAUUAAUGGGUGAGAUUUACAAAUCACUAUUGAACUGUAAAAUUUAGUUAGCCUUUGCUGUAUUUUAUAGGCAUAGUCAUAGUGUUGUUCCUAUUGUCCAGGGCGCUGAGAUUUACAGGUAGUGGAUGUACCUGUGCCUUGGUGUUUAGAAUUAGAAUUAUAGUUAUCUUCGUUACCAAGUUCGUUCUUUGAGAUGUUUCUGUGCGUUCAACAUCAUCUUCAACAUUUUUAAAUUAAUUUAUAUAUUUCUCUCAAAAAUCCAGAAAUCAAAAAAAUAUGUUCAUUUACAUUCGAAAUAAAGAAGUUAGGUCCUUUGAGAUAAUUAUGAGAUAUAUCCUGUAUAAUAUCUUCGUUGUGUGGAGCACAUCCAACAAACAACUUUUGUAUUUAAUACUUUUCCCGGAAUUCCACAAUGUAUCUCUAUCUAUAUUUAUAGUAACUAUAUGCCUAAAUACCAUUGUAUCACUAAUAAAAAAAGUACAUUGCCUGCUACUGCCACCCUCUUGACUAUAGAAUCCAAAUGUUUACGUGGUUCCAUAAUAAAAUUGAUGCUUUUUUUUGGACAACCUGUAUAAUGCGAAAGUAUUUUUAAAAAAGGACCAUAAUAGGCCCCUACAUAUCCCAAAUUUGAAAUUUCGAAAACCUGGUUUACAAUUUUAACAGAGUACAUAUGCUUUGAAAAAUGAUGGAAAAAAACUGCAAAACUGCGAAUUACAAUUUUAUUUGGUGCAAAUAUGGAAUGUGAAAAGAUAAAGCCGUUUGUCAUAAGUAAAAGAAAAAAAAUUCGACGUUUUUAAAAGUACACGCACGAUAAGUUACCCCUCCAAUGGGUAUCUAAUAAAAAUGCAUGAAAAUCAAAAUAAAUAAGAACUAAAAGUUCAGAUUUUCAAGAAAUUAUAUAUUUUGACAUAACAAUUGU